AUAUCUCCAAACAUUAAACAUAGGCAAAGUCCUUCACUUUAACCUCUGCCCUUUUAUGUUCCUAUCUACAAAAAUUCACCCAUGAAUAAAUGGGAAAUUUCCUUCAUUGCAAGUGUUUGCACCAUUGUUCUGCUGUGCAGUUACUACAGUAUACUCAAAAGUGUCUGCCUUGCAUUUCGUGGUGCGACCUCUAGAAACCGAGAUAGAAGGCAGCUUAUGAACGAGGCCGACCCUGAAUCCGAUGAUCUUUCCCUACAGUUUCACAGCCAUGGAUUGGAAUCUUCCGUCCUGAACUCUAUUCCCAUCACUCAAUUUGAGAAGAAGAAUGAAGGAGAAGACACGGAAAGAAACACAGAGUGUGCAGUUUGCUUGGGUGAGUUCGAAGAAGGGCAGUGGCUAAAACAUCUACCCAACUGCACUCAUGCCUUCCAUGUUCCUUGCAUAGACACUUGGUUUCAGUCUCACUCUAAUUGUCCUCUGUGCAGAUCGCAUGUCUAUGAUGUCGAUAUCCAUCAUGAAUCUUCUAUUUCUCUGCACACAAUGCUGGAAACUCUAAGGAGGGAAGACUUUUUCCAUGAAAGGGCAGCACGUUACCAGAUUCUACAUUCUACAAUCAUAGCAGACUCAGGACCGAGACAUGAAUUCUCUAACGGCGCCAGUUGAUUUGGUUUUUACCCAAUGGAGUUGUUCAUUGAAUGAGAUUCAACUUUGGGGAGUUUGGCUAACAGC